AUGACAUUACAAACAAUAAUAAAUUAUAAAGAUAUUAAAACAUGGGAUAAAGUCGAAAUCACAAAAAAAGAAAACCAACAUUUAACAAAGAAUAGCUUGUAUGUCGAUAGAGCAAUUUUUAAAGUUAACCAAAAGAUAAAUUCAAAGAUUUCAAUUUUUUAUGGAGAGCUUUAUAAAAUAAAUACUGAUGCUAUUGUUUAUAGCAAUACUACAAGUUUAUCGGACCGUGAUGGGAUAACAGAUCGUAUAUUCUUAUUUGGUGGUCAAGAGAUGAAAAGCGAUAUAGAAAGGAAUGGGUAUGAAUGUAGAUAUGGCGAAUCAAUUAUUACAAGAGGUGGCGAUUUAAAUUGUAAACAUGUAGUGCAUACAGUAUGUCCAACAUACAAUCCAAAAUAUUUAUCAGCUGCAGAGAAUGCACUCAAUAGUUGUUACAGAUCAUCGUUCCAUUUAGCAAUCGAAAAUGGUGCCAAAACCAUCGCAUUUUCGUGUCUUCACACUGAAAAGAGAUCUUAUCCAUCUGUCAACGGUGCCCAUAUUGGUUUAAGAACCAUCAGAAGAUUUUUAGAAAAGCCAUACAGUAACUCUAUUGAAAAAGUAGUAUUGGUUAUAGAUUCAGUUUCAAACCUAGAGAUCUAUGAAGAGUUCCUUCCAUUAUAUUUCCCGAGAAAUACACAAGAGGAGAUUUUCUCCCAACACUAUUUACCAGAGAAUAUAGGCGAUGAAAACGGUGAAUCUAUUGAAGAGGAUAGAAAAAUUAGAAUUAUAGAAACACCAUCAAGCUUAAUCCGUGACCCCGAUGAAGAUGAGGACGAUUGUUUUUAUAGUGUGGAUAUGAACGAUUCAAAAAACAAUACAAAUAGUAAUAAUACAAAGUCAUUUUUAAACUCUAUUGAAAAUUCGAAAAAUACAGAUCAAUCCUACAAAUACGACCCAAUCGAUAAAAUUUUAAAUCCAUUUGCACCAGGCACUUCACCAAUUGUAACAAAUAAUAACUCAUUCCUUUUAAAAAAAGAAGAUCCAGAUAUUGCAAAAAGAAAACAAAUCACAAAGAAAACUGAAAAACAACUCGAAAAUGAAAAACUACAACAAGAAUUUCAAGUACUUUUAGAAAAAUCAAAAAUUGAAGAUCUAUCAGAAAUUAGCAGAUUGAAUUUUGUUUUACAAACCACCGAUAAUAACGGAUACCCUCUUUUAGUAAUCAUUGGUAGUCAACUAAGCUCUAGAAAAGAUUUAAUGGAAAGGGUUUUAUUACAUUUAAUUAGAACAUUAGAACAAAUUAUACAAAGAGGAACUUUUUCUUUAAUUUAUUUCCAUUCCAACAUGUCCUCUCAAUCUUCACCGGAUUUAUCUUGGUUAAAAAAACUAUUAGAAAUUUUCGAAUUAAAAUAUAAUAAUUAUUUAAGAGCUUUCAAUAUAGUUCACCCAACAUUUUUAUUAAAAACAACAUUAUUUAUUUCAAAAUCGUUAUUGGGAGAUAAAGGUGUAUUAUCCAAAAUAGUAUAUCACGAAAAUAUGAAGCUUUUAUCAAAAUCUUUGUCAAAAUGUAGUUUACCCAAAUCUAUUUUCAACUAUGAAAUUUCCAACAAUCAAAUAUCAGAUUUUUCAUUUGCUUUUGAUGACCAAGUUAGUUUGUAA